CGGCGCUGCGGACCGCGGUGCGGCCGGAAAUGUCAGGCCUUCCCCACUCCGCUCUCCGCGCCUCGGGCUCCGCGCCCGGCCUGCCUGAGGUGGGGUCGAUGCCCCCGGCAGCGCGGCGCUGGGGAGGCGAUGGCGCCGGCCGCGUCCAGGCUGCGGGCCGAAGCCGGGCUCGGGACGCUCCCGCGGCGGGCGCUCGCCCAGUACCUGCUUUUCCUGCGGCUCUACCCGGUGCUCACCAAGGCAGCCACCAGUGGCAUUUUGUCAGCACUUGGGAAUUUCCUGGCCCAGAUGAUUGAGAAGAAGCGGAAAAAAGAAAACUCUAGAAGUCUCGAUGUCGGUGGGCCUCUGAGAUACGCUGUUUAUGGAUUCUUCUUCACAGGGCCGCUGAGUCACUUCUUCUACCUCUUCAUGGAACACUGGAUCCCUCCAGAGGUCCCCCUGGCAGGGCUCAGGAGGCUCCUCCUGGACCGCCUCGUCUUUGCACCGGCCUUCCUCAUGUUGUUCUUCCUCAUCAUGAACUUUCUGGAGGGGAAAGACGCCUCAGCCUUCGCUACCAAGAUGAGGGGGGGCUUCUGGCCAGCGCUAAGGAUGAACUGGAGGGUGUGGACGCCAGUGCAGUUCAUCAACAUCAACUACAUCCCUCUGAAGGUGAGGGCCAUGGGGCUCAGCCUCUGCCAACAUUACUUUCUGUCAGCAUUUUCCUUCCUUCCUUCCUUCCUUCCUUCUUUCCCCUUCCCCUCUCUUUUUUCUUUUCUUUUCUUUUUCUUUUUCGUUUUCUUUUCUCCUCUUUCUGCUGUAGUUUCCACUGGACUUGGUUUCACCGUGUCUAGACUCCUCAGCCAGCCUUGGAUUUUGCCCGUGACCCUGAAUCAUUGCUAGUUCUGGAUUCAGGAAGCAACACACAAGGGUGUCCAGAGUGGGUGUCUUUGCCUCUUCCGUUUGUUCAGCAAAUUCUCAUUAAAAGCCCCCAUGCCAGGGAUGCCCUUGAGUUUCCUAGCCUUUGAAACAUUCCCAGUUCCAGGAGUGUACAUUCAGGCAACUUGAAUCUAUGCUCCUGGGUUGUAGUCCUCAAACUCAACCCAAAUAAACUCUAGUUAUACUUAGAAAAAAAAGACCGUCACGGUAGCUCAUGCCUGUAAUCCCAAAACUAUGGGAGGCUGAGGCGGCCAA